AUGUCCAUUAGACACCGAAGUAUUCCAAAUGAAGAAGUCUUGGCAUACUAUGGAGGUUUAAAGGGUCAAACUAUACACUUGAAAGAUGGCCGAAUUCAUAGAAUCCAUUCUUCACAAAAUAGCCGUGGAUCAACAGCAGCAGCAACAUCAGCAUCCAAAACUACGAUUAUUUCACGACAAGGACCAACAGCCGCAUUGUCAAGCAGUGUUGCUGUGAACGCACACGACAACACCGUGACAUUUGCUGAUGAUUUCAAUAGAAUCCAAUUGGCGGCUGCUCGUCUGGUUGCCAUACAGGAAAUGGCCAAAAAGAAGGGUACCUUCAGUGAAGAGGAUAAUCGUAUCUAUGCUGCCAGCCUCUUGGAAUUGGGACAAGCUGCUCAAAGUUUGGCUCUGCUGCAGCAAACGGGUAAAAUUCAAGACUUCAGUGUUCUAUUGAAACCCUAUUCGUCAGGAGCUGCCAUGCCUCAGAAAACUCCCAUUGCAACAAGUGAAAAGACCGAUGAAGAUGCCGUUACCGUCGAGGCGCCAGUUGAAGAACAGAAAGUGGAAGAGGAAAAAAUUGAUGAGGUAACGGAACAGCAAUUUAAUGAGUCCGAUCUCUUGCCUGUUGCUCCAGAAGAUCCCUUUGAAGAUGUACAUGAUACUGUGGCAGUUGGGCCACCCAAAAAGGAUGCUUCCGUGGCUGAGGCAAAGCCAGUUGGUGUUUCCAUUGUUGGUCAGGGAGGUGUAGCCUCCUCCAAACCCAAUGCUGUUGCCCUUUCGGGACGCAAUGGUUUGGCCGUUUCAGCCCCCAAGGCCACUGCCAUAGCUGGUGUUACUGCCGAAGAAGCAGCUGCAUUCAGUGUGUCUGUACCCAGUCGCAAUCAAUUGGUAAUUAAAUCGGCCGCAUCCCGUUUAGCCCCUAUCGAUGAAUCUCCUUCGUAUGAUGACUAUGAUUAUAUCGAAACAACACCCAUUAAAGCUAAAACUCGUAAAGCUCCCCUCUUGAGAUCGUCCGGUUUGAUACGUAGCACCAAUAAAAUGCAUCCAAAACCAAUGAUGGCCACCGCCUCAGCUGCCGAUAAAAUUGUUCAGAUGUGGCGUACAGCCAUUGCUGAAGAUUAUGCAUCACCCAACCGUUAUGAUGAUGGCGACGACGAAGAGGAUCGUUUAGAUGAUUAUGACAUUGAACAAUUGUAUAAGAUCUCGAAAAAAUUAUCGAAACGCCGUAGAUAUUAA